UUCAACAUAACUAAACAUGUUGAUAAAUAAUACAGAAGCAUUAAAAAGCUGGCUGGUUGUCAUACUAGAGCCAUUAUGUGAUGCUGAUUCUUCUGCCUUGGCACGUUAUGUGUUGGCUCUAUUGAAAAAGGAUAAACCGGAAAAAGAGCUAAAACGUGUUAUGAUCGAACAAUUGGAUGUCUUUCUAACCGAAGAGACUAAACCAUUUGUGGAACGUCUAUUCGAGGCCAUAAAUAGUGAGGAAUAUUUAAAAACUCCCCCGCCAACUGCCAAUCCCAAGUCAACGACUACGGACAAUGAGGAUGAGGAGACAACAUCCACUGCAGUGGAGGCAACAAUAAGUAAACCAUCUGCUGCCAGUGAUGCUUCAACAUUGCCGACGUCAUCAGCAUCAUCGUCAAAUGUGAUAAAUCAAAAUGAUAGCGAUACAAUCACUAGUGUUACCGCCAAAUUAGAUGAUAAAAUUGCCCCCAGUGGUUCGUAUGCUGCGGAUAGAAUUAAUACACCACCAAUUGAAGAAAGUAAAACCAAAGAUACCCACAGCAAUAUUACGACAGAACAACGUACCUCAGCACCAUCUACAUCAUCAUCAUCCUCUCACCAUCAUCAUCAAUCAGGUUCAGUGUCAUCAUAUCAUCAUCAUCAUAAUUCAUCGUCAAGUCGCAACGAGACACAUUCAUAUGGUGGAGGAGGUGGCGGAGGCGGCGGCAGUGGUGCCGUUCAUUUUAACAACGAUCGCCAUCAUCAUCGUAGUGCCAGUCCUCCUGCUGCCCGUACAAAUCCUGCUGACAAAGAAAAUCAACCUCGUGAAAGUCGCAGAAGACGUGCCUCACUGCGUUCUCGUUCAAGAUCACGUUCCCGUUCUCGUUCCAAUGAACGUUUAUCGCGCCGUUCAAGAUCUCGUGAUCGUCGUAUUAAUGAACGUGAGAAAGCCCAACGUCAAUUCCGCAAUAAAUCUCCACCAAAUGGUGGAGGUGGCGAUUCCCGUCAUGAUCGUAGACGUGGUAUUGGCGGCGGUGGUGGUGGUGGAGAUAGGCGCCGUAUGAUGUCCAACAAUAUGGGUGGUGGCGGUCCCGAUGAUCGUUCACCUAGAUUUGGCGGUAAUGAUCGUAGAGGUAGUGGUGGCAUUUCUGGCGGACGUUCAACAAAUCAUUCGUCCAAUUCGCCACGCAGUCGUUCGCCUUCGCUGGAACGAGGCGGCGGAAGAAGUGGAAAGGCGUCACCUCCCUCACUGGGACGUUCUCAAAACCGUAGUGGCAAUGGUGCCAAUUCAGGUGCCACCACAUCUCCCGAACGUCAUCAUCAUGACAGCGAAAAGAGACAAAGAUGUCGUGACUUCGAUGAAAAAGGUUACUGCGUAAGAGGUGAAACUUGCCCCUGGGAUCAUGGUGUAAAUCCCGUUGUAUUUGAAGGCCUCAACAAUUCUGCCCUAAUAAGUAUGUCGUUGCGUGAAUAUAAUCCAGACGCCCCGGAUCUUUGGUCCCGCUCCGCACCAGCCCCUGGUCCAAUUGUGGGUGCUGCUGCACCUGGAGCUAUGAUGGCUGGUACUGCAGCCGCAGGUAUUAAUCCUUUUACUGGUACUGCUCGCCCAGGUGCUGUAAUUAUGGGUGGCCCAACGGGACCAGUGGGUUUCCCGCAUGUUCCUGGUACAGAUAAGGGCACAAAUGGUGCUGCGGGUCCACUGGCGGCUGCUGACUAUGCUCGUACCGCUGCUGCCGCCGCCGCUGCUGGAGCCGGUUUCCGUGCAGCAGCACCUAUGAUGCCGUUCCCAUUCAAUCCAGCUGCCGUAACAACGCCAUUACAACGGGAACUAAUCCCCAUACCCGUUGUAGAUGCCAGCGGAGGCGGUGGAGCACCUGCUGCCGGCGGUGAUGUCAGUGCAACCCUACAGGCCCAAAGUAAACGACGCUUUGAACUGGAAGAUUCUGUUGCCAUAGCCGACGGCCCAACAAAACGUAAAAUACCAGCGCAUAGCCGUCUGGGACCACGAGUGCCUAGUUUACAAAACUGCUCCCUGGAGUUACGUAAAGUGCCACGUGGUCUCAACACCAUUGCUCACCUGAACAAUCACUUUGCCAAAUUCGGUAAAAUUGUCAAUAUUCAAAUAUCGUAUGACGGCGAUCCGGAGGCAGCUAUUAUCACAUUUUCAACCCAUGCCGAAGCAAAUGUGGCUUACCGCAGUACCGAAGCUGUGCUCAACAAUCGCUUCAUCAAGGUAUUUUGGCAUACUCCCGAUCCGAAUGCAGCUAGUGAUGUCAACACAAUGGUGUCACAGCCACCUGGUGGUAUUCGUAAAAAUAGUCAAUAUCACUUGAACAAUAUUCCCGCAGUACCCACACCAGCCGCUGAUUCUGCCAAAACCGCAAACACUAGUCAAUCUCAGACCGGAACAAACAACACCAGUACAACAGCAAGCACAACCACAUCACCAUCGGACACAACGACCAACACAAGUACCACUUCAACACCGACCACACCGGUUACCGCCACACAUGUUCCGCCACCGUCGCUACGUCUGAAAAACAAUAUACCACCAAGAACACCCGGUGCUGUCGUGAACACUGCCAUGUUCCGUAAGAAACAAGAGGAACAGGUAAAGGCCGUAGCUCAGCUGGCCAAUGGCUUGCGGAAACGCAAACAAGAACUUCUACAGAGUUAUGUGAAACAAAUGAAAUCGGCCUUGGAGUUGGUGGAACGUUGUGAACCCACAGAUCCGCAAAGGGCCAAAACGCUGGAGACCAUUAAAGUGCUACAGGAAACCAUUGAUAAGUUGCGUAAAGAAAUUGCUGCCGAACAGGAGCAAAUACAGGCACAAAUACAAAAUCAACAACCACCAACACCGAUCAAGAAGUCAAAAGAACAGCAGAAGAAAGAAUUGCUGGACAUUGAGUUGGAAUUGUUUGCUCAACAACAGGAAGGCAAUGAUACUACGGCCAUACAGAAACGUCUUGAAGAAUUGCAGCGUAGUAUUGGUAUUGUACCGGGUUCGGCAUCGAAUGUGCCACUUAGCGGUUCACCGGGUAUUGGCAAGUCACCUCAUUACAUACCAGGGGGUAGACCAAUACCGCGAGGCAGGCCUAGUUAUCCUGAAGGUUCUACACGUGUUGAUCGUCGCCCGAAGACAAUUAUUGUUACCGGUUUUGCCAGUGAAGAUGCCGAUUUUGUGCUGGGUCACUUUAAGCAUUUUGGUGAGAUAACCAAACAUGACAUGGAUUUGGAAAAGCCACAAUUGAUAUUAUCGUAUGCCACUCGCAUCAAUGCCGAACAAGCCAUUGUGCGUGGCAAACUGUUCAAGGACACUCGUCUACAAAUUGCCUGGGCUCCCGUUGUAAACACUCCUGCUAUAGCUCCAACUGCGGGCAAUAAGACAGCAGUCGCAACACCCAAUGCUGCUGACAACAAGUCCACCGGCAGCGAAGCCAACAAAAAUCAGCCCCAAGAGGCAACCACCGCAAUUUCUUCACCAAAUCCCAGCCAAACCAACAGUGAAACAGAUGCGAACAACACUGACACAUUACCCGAGCUACGACUCGAAGAUGAGGAGGAGGACGAGGAAUCCGAAGAUCGCUCAUGGCGUCGUUGAUUUUCAGUAACAAAAACUCCAGCAACAAACAGCAGCCAUACCAACCGUAAUCAGAGUCUGA